CGACCAGUCCCGGAAAAAUGAAUAAGAGAAGGAACAGAAAGACUAGAGAAGACUGCUAGUUGAGUCUCCACCACCGCCUCUGAAUCGACAACGGCUGAUUCCCACUAAACUCUGCAUUCUCAUCCUCAGUUAUCCCUUUUAAAAAAAGGAGGAAGAAAAUGAAACUCUAAAGAGUUUUUUUUUAUUGUUAAACUUCUUGAUUCUUAAAUUUUCUUCACCAGAUUAUGGAACAAGAAACAUCAAACGGACAUACCCAUAGCCAUAUUCAAAGCGACAGUCAACAUGACUCUGUCCCUUCUUCUUCUUUGUCCCCAAUCUCUACUUCCCGUGUUCAAGAGGACAAUGAUGAAACCCAACAACAGCAACAGCCGCAGCAAGAACAACAACAAGCGUCUUCUACGGCGUCGUAUCAUAUCAAUAUCUCCAUUUCAGAUGUUGCACGCGGUGGCAUGAGAGAUGACGUUUGGUCUUGCCUUGUUGUGCUCGUCACCUUCUGGUUCUUCGCAGCUUCCAUGACUAUGAUUCUUGGUAUCUAUGGCUCUGUGGAUUUACAAUUGGGCCCUAAUUACUCCCGCCUCAUACAAACUAACUCAAUAUUCGUUCAAUCUAUUAAGGUUGAAGAACUAGACCAGCAAAGUUCUGGAUCAUUAAUUCUAUAUGGGUUUCACAAACCUCCUCCCUUGGAUGUUGAAAUCACCUGGACUGAGACUCACAAUGCAGUGGUUCAAGUUGAUUUGCACAAUGAGUGGUUAUACUACCUUAACAAGGGGUCCAAUGUGGAUAUCUCAUACAGAGUAAUAUCUCCGAGUACCUCACCUUUAUCCCUUGUAAUUGCGCAAGGCAGUGAAAGUCUUGAAGAGUGGAUUGACGACCCAUCAUAUCCUAAUACAACUUUGUCGUGGGACAUUAUACAUGGAAGUGGUAAGAUCCAGCAAGAAAUUUCUGAGUCUUCAACCUAUUAUAUUGCUGUGGGUAAUUUAAACUCUCAAGAAGUGGAGGUACAAUUGAAUUUCACAAUCAGUGCCUUCAUCUAUAAUACAACUAAGGCUUGUUACAAGUGUUCACUGGGCAGUCGUCAGUGUAGUUUUACUCUUCCUCUUGUAGGGGCAAAUGCUGCUGUCCUAACAUCUCCAGGUCCAACAGAGGGUUCCAGCAAUGCUUGGUAUGUCAAACUCUCAUAUGGACCCCGAUGGAUCGCAUAUGUUGUUGGAUCAGGUGUGAUGACCAUCCUCAUCUUGUUGGCCUUUAGAUUCCUCAACGUGUUCCAGUCUACCAGUGGAAAUGGAACAGGAAUUCAAGCUGGAGAUAUGGCAUCUGAGCGAGCUCCAUUGCUUUCAAACAAAGACGACGAUCUCUCAAGCUGGGGUUCAUCUUAUGAUUCUGUAUCACAUGAUGAUGAAGAUUUAGAUGAAUGGCUAGCAGUAAAAGCUCUUGAAGGAAAUUUGUCAAACGAAGGGGAAAAUAAUAGCAAUCCCAGGCGUCUUUGUGUCAUUUGCUGUGAUUCCCCAAGAGAUUGCUUCUUUCUCCCAUGUGGACACUGCGCCGCCUGUUUUACUUGUGGAACAAGUGACCUCUGCAGGAUUGCAGAAGAGGCUGGAACUUGUCCCAUUUGUCGGAGGAAGAUAAAGAAAGUGCGGAAGAUAUUUUCUGUUUAAGCAGUCGGUUUGAGUAAUAUUGUGCAGUUGCUCUUUGUUGAUGAAAACUGUAAAUUUAAUCAUCCACUAACACUCUGUAUUACACCCUUGAAACUGUUUUGAUAGAAAGUUGUGAUUGCAAUAGGUUACACGGAAA